AUGAAGCUCCAGAUCCUACUAUGUUUGGUGUCCGCUGCUGUUAUGGUGUCCGCCCGUCCCGAGAAAUACACUAACAAGUUUGACAACGUCAACCUGGACGAAAUUCUCAGCAACCGACGCCUUCUUAUGCCUUACCUCAAAUGUAUCACUGAUGAAGGAAAAUGUACUCCAGAUGGAAAGGAACUAAAGAUACAUAUCAAGGAGGCGCUUCAAGAAGACUGUGCCAAGUGCACGGAAUUCCAAAAGAAUAACUCUAACAGAGUAAUGGCUAAGGUGAUAAAUGAAGAGCCAGCUUACUGGGACAAGAUAAAGGCUAAAUACGACCCACAGAACGCCUUCUCUUCUAAAUAUGAGAAGGAGUUGAAGAAAAAUUAA